AUGACAACGGGCACUUCAAGGCCAAAGGUCGUGGUACUUGCGGGUACCGCAGGAACUGGCAAAUCUACUAUAGCACUGAAGUUGAAAGAGAUAUAUCAAUCUGCGCAUCCCGGCCUUGAGUUUCUAGAGGGGGAUACAAUUCAUCCCCCGGAAAACGUAGCCAAGAUGUCAAUGGGUGUGCCACUAACUGACGAUGAUAGAUGGGGGUGGUUGCGGAAAGUAGGGGAAAUGUCUACACAGCAAGCCGAGGCUCACUCAGGCUUGUCAGUUGUGACUUGCUCGAGCUUGAAGAAAAAGUAUCGUGACGAGAUUCGAUACCACAGUCCGGGCACAGAUUUCUACUUUUUGUUUUUGCUUGCGGACAGGCUAUUGAUUUUGGAUAGAAUGACCAAACGAGAGGGUCAUUUCAUGAAGGCAAAUAUGAUCAAUUCGCAAUUCAGUGACCUCGAGCUUCCCGAUAGCAACGAAGAACUGGCUUCAACGGUUGACGUUGAUGGAAAAUCGAUUGAUCAGGUGGUUGUAGAAUGUGAAGCAGCUUUGAAAGAGUUUGUAAGCGGCCAGUAA